AUGUUACGAAGGAAAGAGCAGGGACGAUCUUCUCCUCUUUCUCCGCCUCCUUUCGCCUUUCCAACCCCUAGCGAUCGUUCCUUUUCCUGCUCUUCUUCUUCUUCUUCCUUCCCCCCCCCUUUCUUGCUUUCCGCUUUCCAUCGACUCCGUUUAGAACUCGGCGUUUGUCUUAGACUCUUUCCCUUCAUCAUGAGCGCUCCCGGAUACUACAACGGCCCUCCUCCCCCGCCCCAGGCGUACCCUCCCCAGGGCUAUCCGCCUCCGCAGGGUGGCUAUCCUCCCCAGGGAUACCCCCAGCAGCCCUACCCUCCAGAUGCAAUACCAGCAACAGCCUCCUCCCCAGCAGAAGGACCGCGGAUGUCUCGGUGCCUGCCUGGCCACGCUCUGCUGCUGCUUCCUGUGCGAGGAGUCCUGCGAAUGCUGCUUCGAGUGCAUCGAGUGCUGUGA